AUGUCACAAUACAAGGCCGUAGUCUUUGACAUUGGAGGUGUAGUCGCUCAAUCGCCACUGGCUGGCAUUGCGAAAUACGAAAAGAAGCAUGGAAUACCUGUCAAGUACAUUGAUGCCAACAUCGCUGCAAGAAACGACUCUGGUGGAGCCUUCCAACGUAUGGAACGUGGAGAGUUACAUCCACCAAAAUUCUACGCUAUUUUCGGAGCCGAGUUGAGUGAACCAGGAAACAUUGAAGUGUAUAAAAAAUACUUAAAGCUCAAGGGUCGACCAAUUCCUGACCUUCCAAAAGAAGGAUACAAGAUUGACGGAGAAGAGCUAUUCCACAUGAUGAUGGGAGAAGCCAAGAACCUGGAUCCCCUAGUAGUCAACGCCAUCAAGAAGCUCAACGCCAGUGGCAAAUUCAAAGUAGCCGCCUUAACAAACAACUAUCAGCCAGCUGAAGGAGCCGACAAGGACGAAUCUAUACUGAGUUCAGACAGUCAUAGUCCACAAGCCGUCAACCUCCGUGAAUUGUUUCACGAGUUUGUAGAAUCUAGCAAGACUGGAAUGAGAAAACCAAACCCAAAGAUUUAUCAACAUACUUGUGAUCUGAUUGGUGUCAAACUUGAAGAAUCGAUCUUUUUGGAUGAUAUCGGAACCAACUUGAAGGCUGCGAAGAAGCUCGGGAUGGCAACCAUUCAGGUCAACAUUGGUGAAUCUCGUAAAGCCAUUCAACAGUUGGAAAAGUUGACUGGACUCUCAUUGAUAGAUGAUAGCAAACUCUAG